GAGAGAGAGAGAGAGAGAGCGCGUGUGUGUAAGUGCAGAGCUAUGUGACCAGCUCAAACUAGUUGGAGGAAACACAAAGAAGCGCAGCAGCUGCAGAUUUCAUUGAGAGCCGAGCAGAGGACGCACAGCAUCACAUUCACAGCAAUAAUAAUGCGGAGUUUAUUCUCAAUAGGGUUUGUUCUGCUGGUGGUGCUAAUGGUCACCGUUGAAGCCAGUAUGAAGAAAAAAGAAAAGGGUAAAGAGCCCAAAGCAGAAGCGGAGUGCAGUGAAUGGGAAUACGGGAAAUGUGUACCCAACAGUGGCGACUGUGGCAAUGGUAUUCGGGAGGCGACUUGCAAUGAACAGACAAAGAAGACCAAGUGUAAAGUCCCAUGCAACUGGAAGAAGGAUUUUGGCGCUGACUGCAAAUACAAGUUUGGUCGUUGGGCCGAAUGUGACACCACCACAGGAACCAGAAGCAGGACUGGAUCGCUGAAAAAGGCGCUUUUCAACGCUGAAUGCCAGACCACCAUUAAAGUGUCCAAACCUUGCACCCCAAAGACCCCCAAACCCAAGGGUGGCGAGAAGAAAAAAGGAAAAGGAAAGGAGAACUAACUUGAAGAGCCUCUACACAUACCCUGCCCCAACUUCCCUCUCAAUGGUACAUUCCCAUGUGAAGCCCAAAUCCUAAAUAAGGUGAAUUUCAAGAAAAAACUGUAGCCCUACCUGUUGUUAUUAUCUCUGAUUUCUUUUGUAAUUAGUAAAUGUAUGGUUGUCUGUGCUGUUGUUAUUUGAUCUCUGUAGCAAAUUUUUAAUUGUAAUUGCAUGUAUGAAAUAAGCAGCAGCGAAUUUGUCGUUUAACAGAUCGUCUUUACUAAAGAGAAAAACAAGUGAGAACCUGAUGUGACCCUAGUUUUGCCCCUAAAGGGAUCUCUUUGUAAAUUACAACACCGCUGUUUUUGAAAGACACCCAUUUCUGUAUGCUACAACAUGUAAACUGAAUGUGUUAAACAAACACUGUUCCUGGAAGUAACGAUAUAAAAUAUCUGUUUAUAAUUGUAUGUUUUUAGAUUUGUAAUGGAUGUACAAUCAAAUUUACAACACUAAUAACUUCUACAGCUUGUGAAUAAAUGAAAAAAAGUGUAUUUUCAAUAUAA